AUGGCGGACAUGCCAAUCGAGCGUGAUACGUUGAUAGCUCAGUACGUAGGCGAGGUGAUAAGUCGAGCGAUGUAUCGGGAACGUGAAGAAAAGGUAAGAUACCCUGUGAAUACAAAUGAGGUGAUUGAUGCACGCUUCAUUGGAGGAAUCGCCCGAUUUGCGAACCAUAGUUGCUCGCCAAAUUGUGUUAUGGAGCGCUGGGAGGUCGGUGGUGAGACCUGUUGUGGAAUAUUUUCCGUCACCGCUAUUAACAAGGGAGAAGAAAUUACCAUCAAGUACGGAAGGGCGUUUGUACGAGAUCAGGUAAGCUAA